ACGAAUGUUUUGUCAAGUCUCCCAUGAUGCAACGUCAGAGGGAGAUUCAAACCAACCGUCAGAAAAGAAGGACGUAAUGGCGGCCUGGCAGGCGCAUGAAAUGCACUUUGAACUAGGUGAUGAGAGGGAGAGACCGACUGGAGUCGGUAACGACUCAGAAGUGCUGGUAGGCAGUGAAGUAGAGAUCAAGGCUAAUUUGGUAGCGGAGACGGAAGAUGAGCGGCAGACUACGGGUGAAUGUGAUACGGAGCCUUGCCGAACUGCGGCUCAGUUACAAUCUGACAACCCGGGCGCGGCUGGUUCAGAAUCAGAGGGAACUGUUCGGACCGAAACGGAGAGUGCAUGUGGUGAAUGCUGGGUUCUUAGUUCAAGUGAGAUGGAGCCGUCUGUAGCAGAAGUUGUAUCCAGCAGUACUUUGUCCGGGAGCACAAGGAAUCCAGGUUAUGUUUUAUUGUGUGAUGACGUUAGCAUGCCACAGACUAGAGGUAACGGACAUACGAGUUCAAUAUCGGGGGAAAACAGCAGUCGCACGGGGGGGAGUGAGGAGGAUAAGGAGAACCACAACGAACAUGGUCAUCCUUCCACAGAAAUAAAAACAACUAACAAUAAGAUGUCUGACAGUCCAACAACUGUGAACAUCCAGACAGAAGAUGUUUGCUUGAAAAACACAGCCAAUUCCAGCGACUUCCCUACCCAAAGGAUAGAAGAAUUCGUGGGAAGCUUACACCAGGGGCAGAGAUCAGACGACGAGUGUUCUGUGUCUGUGAUGUUCUCCGGUAGUGUCACCCAGGAAAGUUGCAGCAAAUUCGUCUGCGAGAUUCUCAAAUACUUGCUGUACCAGCGGCAGCAGCUUCCUAUGCCUUACGACCAGCUGCUGUUUUUCCAGAAGAAACAGCAAACAAUGGGCAAGGCGGAUGAGCUGGUAGCAAGAAAGCCUGUGAAGACAGAGGGCUGGGAUGGGAAGAAAUGCCAGCGGGUGCUGAAGGAGAUGGAAGAAGUGCUGCUGCACCUGGAGGAGCUCUUCUCUCUGAGCCUGGUGCCCCGUGUCCUCCUGCUGCUUGGUGGGAACAUCAUGCUACCCAAAGAGCUCUACGAGGUGAAUCUGGAGGGCAUCGCACUGGGCAACCUGGAGCAGAGCUUGAAAACGGCUGCCUGUCUCCGCAAGCUCUUCCGCACGCUCUUCAUGGCAGACAUCCUGUCUGACUCCAAGCCCGCCCGGCUCAUGACCACCACUGUCAUGGUACAGGGGCAUCGGGACUGUGGGGUCGGCUGGUUCCGGCCCAAAAUGGAUUACCAGGUCCCGACGCGGGUGAAGAAGCAGAUCAUCGUCUUGUCCUGCGGGUCUGAGGAGGAGUCUUGUCAUCUUUCCCAGGCAGCCCGGACAAAUUGGGACGAUUACAUAUGGUUUCAGGCACCAGUGACUAUAAAAGGAUUUUAUAAAUGAUUUUUAAAGGGACAUGCCCGGAGUUGGUUGGCAACAAUAUAUUUGACGCUAAACUAGAUUUUUAGACGAGGGGAGGGGAAUGGGAGGAAGAGGAGAUAUUUCAGGGACCAUGACCACCUGCCUUUGGAAGAAUACCUCAAGUUAAAUCUCAUAGAAGGGAGAUUUCUAGUGCGUGUUUUAAGAACAGUAUUUAAUUCUUAUAGGAAAUUGCUUUCAAUUUAGUGUUUGUGUUGAAUUCUCUGCUAUGUUAAGGACAAUAGAUGAAAAGACCUGUCCCCCAUGUGCCCUGGUUCAGUAGGAAAUAAAAGGAGGGUGUGGCUCUUAGGCAAGUUGGAUCAACCUUCUCUAAGCAGGGUGCAAGCACAAAACUGGUUUUAAUGUGUGUUAUCUUUGCUCCUUAUGAAAUCAUUUUACAAUAAAAACAUGCAGAUGAACCUUAGCCAUAAUCUAUUAAUGAGAACCCUAUAAUUUGUGACAAGGAAAAACAUGUUUUUAAAAAUAGUAGAUGUAUUUUAUUAAAGUGAAAAAAAAAAAAAAUUAGAACUUUUAUAUUGCCCAGACUAUAUGCUCACGUUUUAAUAAGAAAAAGACAGCACCAGGUUUGAUUAGAGAACCAGGCUCAGCAUAGUACUCCUACUACUAACUGUAUAUCUAUAUACCAAUUUCAGUCAGCUGCCACAAGAACCUACCAACAGUGUUCUAAAGACAACAGAGGCCAUAUAUAUCCCUCAGGUAUUCAGACAGAUCAGCAAAUGAAUGUAAAUCUACUAAAGAAACACACUUCACAGAUGGCUUUUAAAAAUAAAAUAGGCAUGUACACAAGACAAGGUAAAAUGGACAGUAUUAAAGAAACAGCUGCUAUACAGACCUCUAAAGAGAACAUUUUGAUGGAAAAUAUAAUUUGUCUUACAAAACAGAAAAUAAAGCUGAUGGAAUGACAUUUUUCAGGGUUCCUAAUAAAGUGCCCACACCCUCAGUACUCACUAGUGCUUACAGUAGCACCCCACUGGUCUAAAUCAAUAUUCUGGUCUAAAUCAAUGGCUCGCUAAUUGUAUCUGAUGUUUGUUUGGGUCUUGUGCAGCCGUUAUGAUAAAAGAUUCUUCAUGACA